GCGUACCAAGCACGGCGGGGAGAGGCGCGCGCGAUGCCGCCGCCGCCGCGGGCCGCCGCCACCGUGACCUCUGCUCCUUGCCGCCGCGUCUCCGCUCGGUGCCGCGGAGAGGCUCGGCCGCCGCCGCCCCGGCCCUACAAUGCGGGGCGGGAACCUCUCCCCUUCCCCCGCCCUCCCUCAGCAAUGGGAGUUCCCGCGCAUCCCGGAAGAGGGGACCGGCCACUUCCGCCUGCCGGGACCGGACCGCUGCCGCCACCAUGACCGCCACACUGCGCCCGUACCUGAACGCGGUGCGCGCCACGCUGCAGGCCGCCCUGUGCCUCGAGAACUUCUCCUCGCAGGUGGUGGAGCGGCACAACAAGCCCGAGGUGGAAGUCAGGAGCAGCAAAGAGCUGCUGUUGCAGCCGGUGAUCAUCAGCAGGAACGAGAAGGAGAAGGUCCUCAUCGAGGGCUCUAUUAACUCGGUGCGCGUGAGCAUCGCGGUGAAGCAGGCCGAUGAGAUCGAGAAGAUCUUGUGCCACAAAUUCAUGCGCUUCAUGAUGAUGAGGGCUGAGAACUUCUUCAUCCUGCGCAGGAAGCCUGUGGAGGGCUACGACAUCAGCUUCUUGAUCACAAACUUCCACACGGAGCAGAUGUACAAGCACAAGCUGGUGGACUUUGUCAUCCACUUCAUGGAGGAGAUCGACAAGGAGAUCAGCGAGAUGAAGCUCUCUGUCAAUGCCAGGGCCCGCAUCGUGGCAGAGGAGUUCCUCAAAAACUUUUAGACCGUGGUGCAGGACCCCGUGGCUCCCCGACGCUUGUGCCUGCCAGGCACCUCCUGCCUGCGCCUGCUGCUGCGGACGGCCGGG